AUGUUGCAACAAACUUUUUUCUUUCUUCUGUUAUUCUUUUCUUUCUUUCUGUAUUCUUGUGAUGGAAAUGUGUUGUUGUCUGCCGAUGCCAGUGAGAACAUCUCAUUCGAUGCAAAUACCCGGCUGUUUACCGCCCGAAUCAACUUGGAUUCCGUAAUUAAAACAAUAGAUGAUCGGUUUCUUUCCUUAACUCUAGACACAAGUAUUAUCAGGCAUGACUGGGCUCACUUUGACACCAGUUCAGUAAAGCUGAAGACAUUGGCAAAAGGACUGUCUCCAGUUUAUCUCCGCCUCGGUGGAACCUCCUGUGAUUUCCUUAUAUUCAGAGAUACUGAGGAAAUUGGAAAAAAAAUUGAUUUUGCCAACAAUGAUGCCCCUGAUUGGGAAGACCUGGAAAAACCAGUCACCACAAAAUUUAAUAUGACUAUGUUUGACUGGGUCUAUGUGAAUAAAUUUGUACGCUCAGUUCCUGAUUGGUUGCUUGUUUUUGAUCUGAAUGUCCUGCAGCGUACCAAUAAUGCUUGGGAUCCAAGCAUCAAUGCUUCCAGCCUUUUGCACCAAAGUGCCGCAAAAGGCUACUGUUUGGCUGGUUUGGAACUUGGCAAUGAGCCUGAUGCUUUCCACCAUUUGCUUGGGUAUAGCAUAGACCCAACUGUCUUAGGUAAGGACUUCAGGCGUCUGUCAAAAUUUAGAUCCCAGGUACCUUGCAUGGACCAAAGUCUUGUCAUUGGACCUGAUGUCACAGCACAGACCAUGCGAAAACGUAGACAUGAACAAUUUCUAAGGAACUUUCUUCAGGAGGCACAUGCUUCUCUUGAUGCAGUGACUAUUCAUCAUUACUAUGUGAAUGGACGGAAAGCCACUGCUGAUCAGUUCAUGGAUUCUUAUAUACUGGACAGUUUUCAUGAUGAACUAGAUGUAGCCUUCAAUAUUCUGGAAAAGACCAGUCCUGGAAAACCAUUAUGGCUUGGUGAGACUAGUUCAGCUUUUGGUGGUGGAAGUAUUGGACUGUCGGACACUUACAUUGCAGGUUUCAUGUGGAUGGAUAAACUUGGCAUAUCAGCUCGCAAAGGUGUUAAAGUUGUCAUGAGACAAUCCUUCUAUAAAGGUCACUACGCACUGCUUGAUUUCCGAACCCUUGACCCACGACCGGAUUAUUGGCUAAGUCUUCUUUUCAAAAGAUUAGUUGGUAACACAGUCCUGGACCUAAGCAUUAAUGACCAAGAAAGAAAAGUUAGAAUGUAUGCUCACUGUACUCAGUGGCACAGGGAUUCAUCCUACACUAAUCAUUCUCUCACUGUUUAUGGAAUGAAUUUGUAUGAAGAGGAUAUUCAAUUAAAAUUAUCCCAGUUUGCCAGUGACCAGGAACUUCAUAUCUACAAGUUAGAGCCAAGAGGACCUGAUGGGAUUUUUUCACAGUAA